AUGGACAUCGGCGGCCUGGAGACCGUGGUGGCCAACUCCGCCUACGUGUCGGCCCGCGGCGGCCCCGGCGCCGGCCGCGACCGGCGCUCCAAGGCUCAGCUCCGCCUGCCCCACAUCUCCCAGUGCGAGGCCCUGCGCGCCCAACUGGGCGGCACCGCCGGCGCCCAGAACGGGGGGCCCGGAGCCCCCAACGGCGCCCCGCCCGCGCGCACCCAGGACGGCGGCCAGGAGACGUCGUUCCGGUGGCAGUGCGUGGAGCAGCCCAUCGGCAAGUUGUUGUUCCGGCGCUUCCUGGAGGGAGCGCCGCAGUUCGCCGCGGCCGGGGCGCUGUGGUCGGAGAUCGAGGCCUUCGAGCGGUGCGAGGACGCGGAGAGGGAGGGGACGGCCAAGCGGCUGCGGAGCCGGUUCUUCACGCCGGGAGGGUCGGAGCACUGCGGGUUCCUCAGCGCCGGCGCCACCGCGCCGCCCGCAGGCUCCCCCCUCCAAGGCGACGCCUUCGCGCAGGCGCGGCAGGAGCUGCUGGCGCACCUGGAGGCGGCGGCCUGGGCGCCGUACCGCGCCUCGCCCGAGUUCAGCCGCUUCGUGCAGUUCAAGUGGCUCGAGAGCCAGGCCGUGAACGCCGACGCCUUCGUGGAGUUCCGCGUGCUGGGCAAGGGCGGCUUCGGCGAGGUGUGCGCCUGCCAGCGCCGCGCCACCGGCAAGAUGUACGCCAACAAACGCCUCAACAAGAAACGCCUCAAGAAGCGCAACGGAUACGAGGCGGCGCUGGUGGAGAAGCGGAUCCUGGCGCGUGUCCACAGCCGCUUCAUCGUGUCCCUGGCCUGCGCCUUCCAGACCAAGACCGACCUCUGCCUCGUCAUGACCAUCAUGAACGGCGGCGACCUGCGGUUCCACAUCUACAACGUGGACGAGGAGAACCCCGGUUUCGCGGAGCCGCGCGCGGUUUUCUACACGGCGCAGAUCCUGCUGGGGCUGGAGCACCUGCACCAGCACCGCAUCGUCUACAGGGACCUCAAACCCGAGAACGUGCUGCUGGACGACGCCGGCCACGUCCGUCUGUCCGACAUGGGCUUGGCCAUUGAGAUCAAGGAGGGAGAGAACAAAACCCGCGGCUACGCCGGGACCCCAGGGUUCAUGGCCCCCGAGCUGCUCAAGAACGAGGAUUACGAUUUUUCCGUCGAUUAUUUCACGCUGGGGGUGACGAUUUACGAGAUGCUCGAGGCCAAGGGGCCCUUCCGCCGGCGGGGGGAGAAGGUGGAGAACAAGGAGGUGACGCGGCGCAUCCUGCACGACCCCGUGUCCUACUCGGACAAGUUCAGCGCGGCGGCGCGCGAGGCCUGCGAGGGGCUGCUGGCCAAGGACCCCCAGAGCCGCCUGGGCUUCCGCGGCAACGACUGCGGCCAGCUCAAGGCCCAGCCCUUCUUCAAGGGCAUCAACUGGGGGCGCCUCGAGGCCGGGCUGGUGCCGCCCCCGUUCGUGCCGGACCCGCGGCGCGUGUACGCCAAGGACCUGGCGGACGUGGGCGCGUUCUCCACGGUGAAGGGCGUGGAGCUGGAUGGGGGGGACGCGGCGCUGUUCGACGCCUUCGCCUCGGGGACCGUCCCCAUCCCCUGGCAGGAGGAGCUGAUCGAGACCGGCGUCUUCGAUGAGCUCAACGUCUGGGGGGCGCCGGGGACGCUGCCCCCCGACCUGGACCCCAGCGCGGCCGGGGGGGCCGGGGGGGGGAAAUCCUCCACGUGUAGGUUGUUGUGAGGGGGGGGACACCCCGAAAUUUUGGGGGGGGUUGAGGAGACGGAGGCGGCACAGGUGGCACCCCAAAAUUUGGGGGGGGAUGUUUGUUGUGAGGGGGUCACACCCCGAAAUUUUGGGGGAGACAGCUGCUGUGAAAGGGAUUGCACCCCAAAAUUUUGGGGGGUUAAAUCCUCCACGUGUAGGUUGUUGUGAGGGGGGGACACCCCGAAAUUUUGGGGGGGGUUGUGAGGAGAGGGGGUUGGCAUCUCGAAAUUUGGGGGGUUUGUGAGUUGGGGGAGAUAACAUCCUGAAAUUUUGGGGGGGAAAUCCUCCACGUGUAGGUUGUUGUGAGAGGGGGCACCCCGAAAUUUUGUGGGGGAGUGGUUGUGAGUUGGGGGAGAUAACACCCCGAAAUUUUGGGGGUGUUUGAGGAGAGGGAGGUGACACAGGUGGUACCCCAAAAUUUGGAGGGGGAUGUUUGUUCUGAGGGGGUCACACCCUGAAAUUUUGGGGGGUUAAAUCCUCCACCUGUAGGUUGUUGUGAGGGGGGCACCCCGAAAUUUUGGGGGGUUUGUGAGUUGGGGGAGAUAACACCUCGAAAUUUUGGGGGGAAAUCCUUCACCUGUAGGUUGUUGUGAGAGGGGGACACCCCGAAAUUUUGGGGGGGGUUUGUGAGGAGAGGGGGUUGGCACCUCGAAAUUUGGGGGGUUUGUGAGUUGGGGGAGAUAACAUCCUGGAAUUUUGGGGGGAA